CUCACAGAACUCCCUCAGUCUCCCUCCCUCCCUUCCCACAGACACAUACACACAUUGAGUCACUGACACUGACACACAAUUACAAUACACAAAUGGGCAACAUGCUGCCAUGCUUGGUCCAAGGCAGUAGCAGCAGCAUUCUGCCACCCAUGAACACCAAACACUGGUCGCGCUCCAUGAAAAUCCUCGCGAGAACCCUCCGCCGCAGCACGAAGCUCCCCCAUGGCAGCAACAGGGUCAAAGCAGCUGCCGGCAGCACGGAGACAUCGUCUGCCGCAUACCGAGACAUCCCGAGAGCUAGAAGAGCUCCCCGGAGCGGCCAGAACCGGCGGCGCGCCGCCGUCAGAGUCAAGGUCGUCUUGACGAGGGCGGAGGCGGCGCGGCUGCUCUCCCUCACCGCGCACGGCCACCGGACCGCCGCGCAGGUGGUCGGCGAGCUCAAGAGGAUGCAGGCGGCGGCGACCGGCAGCUCCAGAGCCUUCACGGCGCAAGUCAUCAGCGAGCUCAAGAGGAUGGAAGAACUCGUCGUUGCCCGUGCGAGCACCUCCCCGUCGGCGUCGACGGCAUGGCGGCCGGUGCUAGAGAGCAUCCCUGAGGAGUGGCAGUAGGUUCGUGUGUUAACUUGCCAUUGUUAACUUGUACACCAUUCAUGUAUCCGCACGUGUGCA